UGGUUGGUUUGAUUGGAGAACAAGCUGCAGGGCUCUACGCGAGAGAAGCGAAGAAAGCCAUCGUGACCCCGACUGGCCCCAUGCCCACUGCCGACUGUGCAGGUAGUAGAGAUCCAUGCGGCUGAGAGCGAGACGGCAUCCCUUGGUUCACCAUUUGACGAGCAAUAUAUUGCCAGUAGUGUGAGUUUUAAAGCCGCUUUGAUAGAGCCCGUCUCUUGUCGGCCUGCAAUGAUUGCAGGCUCUUCUCUCCAUCAUACACACAAAAACUAGUUCGAGAUCCACUUCACCAUGAGCAGCACCACGUCGCCGUCGACCUCGCGUUCUGCACUUGGUCCGCUUUCAAGCCAGUUCACACCUCCAGCGGGUUGCUCGGUGGUAAUACAGGCUUGCUCAGGCACGGGUUGUAACUAUGGCUGGCAGGCCCAAAGCUGCGUCCCUACAGCCCCGGCGGGCGGCAGCAUUGAGGAUAACAUGCAAUGCUGGCCCUCAGCGACAGUGCCAAUACCCACGCCGCCAUUAAAGGGUUGGGGCUUCUACAGUCCGGGCGUUCCAUCGUGUCCAGUGGGGUACACAGUCGCUUGCAGUGCGAGUAUUGGAGCGCUUUCGAAUUGGGGUUAUGGGCCCCAAUUCCCACUAGUUGUCGGCGAGACAGCAAUAGGAUGUUGCCCUAGCGGGUACGAGUGCCAGUCUGCCCCAGGAGUGGCACAAACAUGCAUCUCGACUGCGACAACAGGCCAGAGCUUUCCCAUGGGUCUGUGCAGCAGCUUCAGCACGUCUGGCCUUUCCACCUACAUCGUUGGUGGAACGACGACAGUCAUCUCAUCAAGCUUCACGUCGACGGUCACAACAUCCGAGUUCACGGUAUUCGCACCACUAAUCGACAUUAGGUGGCAGUCCUCGGACGAUAUAGUCACCGCCACCAGCACAACUAGCAUGAGCACCUCCUCUACAACUGCGCUUGACGGAACCGCCUCCGCCAUCAAAUCCGCGACUGCCGGAUCUGGCGGCCUCGGCGUGGGCGCAGAAGCAGCUGUUGGCGUCGUAGUGCCUGUGAUUGUUCUGCUUGCCAUGGGAGUAGGGCUCGGGAUGUGGUUGCGGAGGCGACGACAGUCAAAAGGAACCCACUUUGUGUCGAGCACUCCAGCAUCGGCUUGCGAAACCCUCGCGAAGCCGCCUAGACAAGGCAAGCAGCAAACGCGACGGCAGCCGGCUUACGAAAUGGAGGACCAGCGGAAACCACAGAUGCUCGGGGCCGAUGAUGAGAUGAUACACGAGCUUCCUGGAACGGUGAAGCAUGGGUAGACCGAUGCUCGUGGCCGAAAAUCUGUAGAACGGAUUCGCCGUUGAUACUCAACGGCCACGUUCUUGCUGUAGCUUGUACCUAGCUCUCUCUUCAGUUACUGAUACUCUUCCCUUGCGCACUAGCCGGAAACUUUACGAAGGUAAUCA